AUGGCUUCUGAAGAUAAUAUUGGAGAAAUCGACACAUCUCUGUCGCGCAAACUCAAGGAUACUGCAGCCGGGUUUGUUGGGGGUGCAGUGCAAGUUCUUAUCGGGCAACCUUUUGAUCUUGUUAAAGUUCGGUUACAAGCUGCAAGCACUAAUACGGGUGGAGCUCCUAGCACACCUUUAUCGGUGUUUAAGCAGACUCUGACACAAGAAGGACCACUGGCUUUUUACAAAGGUACUUUAGCCCCAUUACUGGGUGUUGGUGCAUGCGUUUCUGUACAAUUUUAUGCAUUUCAUGAAGCCAAGCGCUUUUUCCAAGGCCAGAAUCAAAAGGAAGGUGAAGCCAAUGUUAAAACAACAGCCUUGGGCUUGACUUACCCACAAAUUUAUGCAGCAGGAGCGGCAGCUGGUAUUGCCAACACUCCAUUGACCAGUCCGAUUGAGCAGGUUCGUAUUUUACUUCAAACACAGAGAUCUACUAAGGAUGGUUCUGGAGCACGGUGGAAUGGUCCUCGUGAUGUUGUAAAAGAUUUGAAAGCCAACAGAGCUCUGUUUCGUGGGUCUGGUGUGACUGUGCUACGUGAAGCUCAAGCGUACGGCGUUUGGUUUGCAACAUACGAAUAUGUUAUUGCGGCGUUAGUUGACCGGUUACAGCGUGUGCGAAAUGAUCCUUCCUUGACGCGAAACGACUUGCCUACUCCUUACCUUUUGGGUGCUGGUGCGGUGGCUGGUGAGGCUUUGUGGCUGGCGUCCUACCCACUUGAUGUUGUCAAGUCUCGAGUCCAGGCUGAUGGACUGGCCAGCGCCGGGGAAUCACGAUAUGGUGGUAGCGCCAUUCGUGCAGCACAGGAUGUCUGGAGAACUCAAGGAAUCAGAGGCUUUUGGCGAGGGAUUGUGCCUACUCUUCUUAGAGCAAUUCCUGCUUCUUCGGGGACAUUUGCAGCAGUGGAGUUGACCUUACGUGUGCUUGGUUAA